AUGUACAGGCAAGUAUGGGUAGACAGUAAUGGCCGAAAUUAUCAACGUAUAUUAUGGAGAGAUAAAAUUAAUGAGCCUAUAAAAACGUAUCGACUAUGCACAGUAACGUACGGUACAGUACCGGCUAGCUUCUUAUCGGUUGCAUGUUUACAAUUAACAGCGUCUAGCGGAGACGUGCCGUCAGAUAUAUCACAAAUAAUACUAAGUGAUUUCUGCGUAGACGAUUGUUUGACCGGCGCCUCGUCUAUUCCACAAGCAAUCAACCUACGUGACGGGUUAAUACGGCAUUUAAAUAACAACGGUUUUGAGUUAGAUAAAUGGACAUCAAAUAAUUCAAAUUUACUUAAAAAUAUUCUAAACCCCAACGAGAACUCAGUAUAUUCAUUGGAUAUGAGCGACAAAGUAAUUAAAACCUUGGGUUUAUUUUGGGCGCGGUUACCGAUUGUUUUGUAUACAAGACAUGAGCAUGAAUUGUUACUACAUGCGGGUCCUCAGGCAAUGUUGGCCAACGUGCGGCUCACGUAUUGGCCGAUAAACGGGCGUAGAACAGCGCGUAAGGUUGCUCAUGCUUGUAUAACAUGUUUUAAAAAUAAACCGAAAACACUCGAACCUAUUAUGGGAAACCUCCCGAAACUACGUGUAGAUCAACCGAUGCGAAGUUUUGAAAAUGCAGGUGUGGAUUAUGCAGGCCCUAUAAUGAUGAAAAUCAAUAGUCGACGUAAUUCGCCGUUACAAAAGGCAUAUGUAUGUAUAUUUGUGUGCCUAGCUACAAAAGCAGUACACAUUGAAUUAGUAUGCGACCUAACUACCGAUGCAUUUAUAGCUGCAUUGACCCGAUUUAUUUCGCGCCGUGGUAAAU